AUGAAUAGACUGGUCUUAGUCGUUUUCACUGUGUCUACCGUUUCGGUGGCGUUUUUAAAUCUUGCCGAAUCAUCAGGAGAUCCAGCACAGCACAAAGUUGAUAUCCCAGAUGACCUUGAGGAGGACAAUGAGCCCGCCGAAAGAUCUGGUGCGUUAGCACAAAGACCCGUGUUAAACAAUGCGAACAGACCCCUUCAACUGCCAAUAUCAUCCAGCCCGAGACCUGGACUGAUAACUAUUGAUGUGGUGGAGUGUCACGUAUGCACCGACUGUCCGAAGGUAUACGAAAAUACUACGACAAAAUUUUGCCCGCACACUUUGGACGUAACGAGACAAAAUAAAUGCGUCACUUAUGCCGAACAAUACAAACAUAUGAAGAGGUCUUGGUACAUUCGCGGCUGCGCUUCGGAAAGGGGUUCUUGUGAUGACGUCAGGAAGGCGCAUUCCUCACAUGCAGACAUAGUGAAUCUGUUGUUCUGCCGGGAAUGCGAAGGGGACAAAUGUAAUGCAAAUGGUAGCUACCGAUCCUUCGCCGACAUGACAUUGGCUUUGUUUACUUUGAUCAUUUAUCCUUUUGUUGGAAAGUAUACCCUUUCU